AUGCCUCGUCUGAAAACCAGAAUGAUCUGGAGUGUGUUAAUAGUAGCUACUUGGGUUGAGGUUGCUCUUGCUUACAGCAUUAACGCUACUAUCUAUGAUACCAAUACUGCUCAUGUCACCUACUCGGAUACACCCAUCGCCUGUAAGCGUUGGGUAAACAGCUGGUUGUUCUGGAAGGUUUGCGAUUCGUGGGUGGAACCCUGGGCACCCAGCACCUACCACUUGCAAGGCAAAGUAUCCACUUUGCACUCUAGCUUGAACCACCAAACUGCAUCAUUAAGUGUUGAUUUCAAAGGAACCGACGUCUGGGUGUAUGGUCCUCCAUUGAGCCAAUUAACUAAACUCCAACCCGAUUACAAAAUUUGCUUAUACGAAAAUUAUCCCUUCUCACCGAAGCCUGAGUGCUAUCAAGUCAAUAUUAUUAGGGCCUAUUAUGCUAGCAAAGAUGAAAACAAACCUGUUGUUGUGUUUGCUCGCGGACGACUUCAGCAUCGUCAACAUCGAAUCGAGAUUUCGGUCGCUGACCCUACAAAUGAUCUCCAAGCCUAUGACGGGAUUAAAUUUUCUCAUGUGGUGUAUACAACUAAACGUCCUACACAUUGGCCAGUAGAGGAGGAUCGAUGGCGAUACGCGGAGGUUGUGAUGCACGAUACACAUCCUUUGCUUUCCUACUUUCCUCCAACCACUUCGGAUCCAUUGGCUAAAACGCCCGCGUGGUUGGCAAAGGUGCAUACCGCUGAUGAUGGGACUGUUACCUCCUGGCACGAGCUUAGAUCUCAUAACGAAGGGGGGCAAGAUCAUCUACGCGUUGUGACCAAAAUAAAAGCCGGAGCUGUAGCUGUCUACGGCGCACCCAGAUUAUGCGAAGUGGUGGAUCUCAAAACAAUCUAUGCGAAUCACCAGCAAAAGUACCGCGUAAAGCGUGAACCCGUUCUGCUAUGGCGGAGUGACGUUCUGGAUUCGUCCCGGGAAACACUUAUUUCUAUUCGUCAAGUCAAGGCAUCAACUGGGACUGGGACUGUUUUCCCUUUCAAAUCAAUAAACUAUUUCGAAGCGCAAGAAUAUGCACAUCCUGUACCACGGGUUGCAAUCGGCAAGUUGGAGAACAUAACAAUUACGAAUGAUGAUCGAUCCAUUUCAUACAAUCCUACUCAAUUGUGCGACAAGCGUGUUAGUAGAUGUGACCCUUGGACUCAUUCGUGGAUUCGGAGGGAAGUGGGCCCGCUUGGAAGUAAAUCAUCAUUCCAAAGUACUAUAUGGAAUCAUCGGGCUGAGAUGGAUCCUCACAUUAUACUGAGCUUCAAAGGCUCCGCACUCUACUUGUACGGCGCUCCCAAUGCCUAUGCAGCGCGACCCCUUGCAUCACAGCAUGUUUGCAUCAAUAACAUGUGUCGCGUGAUUGAUGUCGAGCAGGCAUAUCUUCAUUCUCUGCGGGAUACCGAGUCAACGAGCAUUACAACAGCACAAAAGCCAAACAGCGUCCAGGGUGAUACUGCAUCCCUGUCGAUACCACACCCUGAGCUUGAGCCUGUACUGAUAUGGAGUAUAACUGGCUUGGACGAUAAGAUCCUGCACACCUUCCGACUAGCACUUGCCUCUAUACCUGUUCCACUCAAUGCCGAAAUGACGUUUGCGAAGAUAUUGUAUACAGAAGUCAGCUAUCGGUAUGGAAAAGAGCGGCCGGAUCCUCCAGCUCCUAAACCAGAUCACGCAUACACGGGUCCACCACAGCCGCCCUACGCCAUCAAGUGGAAUCCUCUUGACCACAAGGCGCCGCCGCCUUUUUCGAUAAAUCCCUCGCCACCCCAAGGGUCCCUAUCCCCAUUAUUACUUACUAUCAUUGUGCUUGUGGUACUAUACGUUUGUUUGAGUUUAGGCCUUGGUCUUUGGCGUCAUAAAGGGGAUGAGACCCAGCCACUUCUGUCAAGUUCUCCCCCACACAGAGAUCCUACACCUUCGUAUUCUUAUGAAACACCACGGGUACGUCUACCUCGUAGUCCUUCUACAGAUGCUUUGAACGCUGCGGACGACCUUCCUGCGUACUCGUCAACGACAUCUACUACUUCGGGUCAGCGGCGUUAA